GCUCGCGUUGCAGAGAAGAGAGAGAGAGAGAUUUGUGGUACACACCUGUCGGUCGUGAAUUAAAACAAUUUGGAACCUUUGAAAACUGUUCACACCUGACAUGGCUGAAAUGGAAUCUACAGUUGAGGUAGGUGAAAUCCUACACAGUAACACGUCUACCUACACCGUCCAGAAGUUUAUCGGUGAAGGCGGCUUUGGAAAAGUGGCCAAGUGCCUGAAUGUCAACACUCAAGACCAAGUGGCUAUCAAAAUACUCAAGAAGGACUCUACUGCAGCCGAGGACGCAGAGAGAGAGAUCGCCAUGUUAGAUCUUAUAUCUGUACGAGAUCCAGACCACAUUAACGUGGUGAAGUUCUUGGAAAAGUUUCAACAUUCGGGACAGACCUGUCUGGUGUUUGAGAUGCUUGAGGAAAAUCUGUAUGAAAUGAUCUGCAAACAGGGGAAUAUGCCUGUGACUGCGAUCCGGCCAGUAGCUCAGCAGCUGUUGGUCGCCCUGGAUGCCCUGAAGGGUCUAGGUAUCCUGCACACCGACAUCAAACCAGACAAUGUCAUGCUGGUCAGCCAAGACCAGCCCAUCAGAGUGAAGCUGAUUGACUUCGGUUUAGCCACUCCUGUCUCCAGCGUAGAGCUUGGUGAAUUAUGUCAGCCAAUUGGAUGCAGAGCUCCAGAAGUUUCCCUCGGCCUGCUCUACAAUGAGGCUAUCGAUAUGUGGGGUCUGGGCUGUGUUCUGGGCUUACUCUACCUGGCUGCCAACCCUUUCCCCAACACUGACUAUCAGGUGAUGAAGAUUUUGAUUGAACUUUUUGGCCAGCCGGAGGACCACCUGCUCAACGCUGGAGUAUACACUCGCAAAUUUUUCACAAAGAAGGAUGAAGGAACUGACGGUCCAACAUGGAGGCUACUGACGUCUGAGGAGUACAGAACGCUGACUGGCAAACAACUUCAGGAGGAUGAGGACAUAAUGAAGCUGCCCAGCUCUCUGGACGGUCUGGCUCAUAUCUUCCCAGUGGACGAACCUGCAGAGCUUAAGGACAGGUUAGCGUUUAUAGACCUUUUGAAAAGUAUGAUGCAUCUUGACGGAGCUUUGAGGAUCUCGCCCAGUCAAGCUCUGCAGCACCCCUUCAUCACCAUGUCCCACCUGUCCGAGCACCCUGACAGCUCAGACUAUUUAACAACUGCCAGAGAGAUGAUGGGAACACCCCAAAAUCCUGACCAGGAGUCAGCUGCUGGAGCUGAGGAAGAUAUCAGAGACCCCUGCACAUGUGAUGGAGAUAUAGAAAUGGAAUCUACAGUUGAGGUAGGUGAGAUCCUACACAGUAACACGUCUACCUACACCGUCCAGAAGUUUCUCGGUGAAGGCGGCUUUGGAAAAGUGGCCAAGUGCCUGAAUGUCAACACUCAAGACCAAGUGGCUAUCAAAAUACUCAAGAAGGACUCUACUGCAGCCGAGGACGCAGAGAGAGAGAUCGCCAUGUUAGAUCUUAUAUCUGUACGAGAUCCAGACCACAUUAACGUGGUGAAGUUCUUGGAAAAGUUUCAACAUUCGGGACAGACCUGUCUGGUGUUUGAGAUGCUUGAGGAAAAUCUGUAUGAAAUGAUCUGCAAACGGGGGAAUAUGCCUGUGACCGCGAUCCGGCCAGUAGCUCAGCAGCUGUUGGUCGCCCUGGAUGCCCUGAAGGGUCUAGGUAUCCUGCACACCGACAUCAAACCAGACAAUGUCAUGCUAGUCAGCCAAGACCAGCCCAUCAGAGUGAAGCUGAUUGACUUCGGUUUAGCCACUCCUGUCUCCAGCGUAGAGCUUGGUGAAUUAUGUCAGCCAAUUGGAUGCAGAGCUCCAGAAGUUUCCCUCGGCCUGCUCUACAAUGAGGCUAUCGAUAUGUGGGGUCUGGGCUGUGUUCUGGGCUUUCUCUACCUGGCUGCCAACCCUUUCCCCAACACUGACUAUCAGGUGAUGAAGAUUUUGAUUGAACUUUUUGGCCAGCCGGAGGACCACCUGCUCAACGCUGGAGUAUACACUCGCAACUUUUUCACAAAGAAGGAUGAAGGAACUGACGGUCCAACAUGGAGGCUACUGACGUCUGAGGAGUACGAAACACUGACUGGGAAAAAACUUCGGGAGAAUGAGAACAUAAUGAAGCUGCCCAGCUCUCUGGACGGUCUGGCUCAUAUCUUCCCAGUGGACGAACCUGCAGACCUUGAGGACAGGUUAGCGUUUAUAGACCUUUUGAAAAGUAUGAUGCAUCUUGACGGAGCUUUGAGGAUCUCGCCCAGUCAAGCUCUGCAGCACCCCUUCAUCACCAUGUCCCACCUGUCCGAGCACCCAGACAGCUCAGACUAUUUAACAACUGCCAGAGAGAUGAUGGGAACACCCCAAAAUCCUGACCAGGAGUCAGCUGCUGGAGCUGAGGAAGAUGUCAGAGACCCCUGCACAUUUGAUGGAAAUAUAGAAAUGGAAUCUACAGUUCAGGUAAGAGAACAAGGGAAGUCCUACAAUAAUGUCCCAGAGACUCAGUCCUGUGAUGGAGCUCAAGCGGAGGACUCCCCUAGAGAAAUGGAAUCUACAGUUCAGGUAGGUGAAAAAGAGGACUCCUACAAUAAUGUCCCAGAGACUCAGUCCUGUGACGGAGCUCAAGCCCAGUCCUACGACAACAUAUCCAUGUCUGGAUCAUCUGAAGGAGAACUACCAUCCUGGAUGUUCAAUAAAGAAGAAGACGACCCAUUCCCUGUUGGAGCUGAACAAACAGAAUCUGCCCCUCCUCCCUCGACCUCCCCCAGCCACUUCAACAGAGCAAUGAAGAGGAUCCGCAGGUUCUUUAAAAGAGUCAAGACGACCUUCUGUUGUUGCUGUCCAGUGGAGGAUGACUAAAUGUGUGCCAUUUUCCCAACGUUAUUCUAACAAAAAAAUAAAGCAAAUAAUAAAUAAUAAAAAUAAGGACUUCA